AUGAAAGAAGAAGCAACAUAUCGGCAAGAAUACAAAAAAAAAAAAGAAGAAAUUGUGAAGGAAGUAAGAAGAAAGAAACCUCAUUGGUUAAAAGAAGAAAUUAAGAUGAAACAAGAGACACGUACCUCAGGAAGACAAUGCCGGCCUAAUACUCCAGAAAGAAAGAAGCGAACAAGACACUCGGCGAAAGGAAGAGCCCAAACCCUCAAUAAUACGAGAAGCUGUGUAAAGGAAGAAAAAAAUAGAUUAGUAAACAAGAAAACCAAUGCGUCCAAGUGGUAUUUGAAAUUGGCUAAAAGUGAUGAUUCACCUGGACAAUGCUACGAGAAAGCGAUGGACACAAUCAGAAACAAAAAGGACGAACGUAUUGGAGUUGAAAAUGACGAACCAAUUGGAGUUGAAGAAGACGAACGAAUUGGAGACGAACGAAUCGAUAAAGACGAAAGAAUUGGAACUGGUAGAGAUGAAAAACCAGCAUGGGAAUGA